AUGAGAUGGACAGUCCUGAUUUUAGGGUACUUUUUGGUUAAAGUUAUGGUGCAACUGUGUAAGGCAGAUGGAGAACCCGGACAGCAGCUCGAGGGUUUCAUAAUGCUAUCGGGAUCCAACGGGUCCAGGGAGGAGGAGAACGGUUUUUCUGAAAGUCCACACACAGAGGACAAAUGUCGCGGAUACUAUGAUGUGAUGGGCCAAUGGGAUCCACCGUUCGUUUGCAAAACGGGCAAUUAUUUGUAUUGUUGCGGCACCUGUGGCUUCCGAUUCUGCUGCGCUUACAAAAACUCCCGUUUGGAUCAAAGCACUUGUAAAAAUUAUGACACCCCUGUGUGGAUGUUGACAGGACAAACUCCAUAUAAGAAAAAUGACCCCAGGCACGAUCCAACCAAGGAUAAGACAAACUUAAUUGUGUACAUAAUAUGUGGAGUUGUGGCGAUCAUGGCACUUGUCGGGAUAUUUACAAAACUUGGGUUAGAAAAGGCACAUCGACCCCAAAGAGAAAACAUGUCUCGAGCGGUAGCAAGUGUGAUGCAAGGCACCCGUCCGGGUGAACACGAGGAGGCCAUUGGAAUGCAUACACAGCACUAUGACACCAUGCAAGCGAGGGCGAACAAUCUCCAGGGAGGACAGAUAAACAACAUUGGCCCCACCUUGACCCAACCACACCCAUACCCAGCGCUCAGCCAGCUGGCCCAUGUGUAUGAGCAACAACAGCCCGGGAAAGAGCUCAACAAAUAUGCUUCACUCAAGGCCGUGGCUGAAAAAGCCAAUGGCGACUUCUACAGCAAGAGACGUCACUUGUCAGAUUUGGCAGCUAAAGGCAACCUGCCGCUUCAUCCAAUGAGGGUGGAGCUUGAACCCACUGCUUCCUACAUCACAGAGACGCCCUGCCCCAAGCAGAACGGACAAAAACCCAAGACCGGAAAGGGCCCGGCCCCCUACAACUCCAAUACCAUAGCCACUCCCGGCAUGCUCCAGGGCUGGAACGGCACAGAGACGGUGGGGCGGCGUAAGAACUACGGCCCUAAGAAACCUUGUACAGUGGAGCAAGUGCACGAGCUUCAUACUACUCGCAGUCAUCACUAUCUUCCCACACAACCCUACUUUGUAACCAACAGCAAGACUGAGGUGACUGUCUGA